GGGGACUGUUCCCUGCCGGGGGUGGGCACCGUGCACCCUGCCCUGGAGAGCGGUGGCCCAGGUCGGUCCGUGGCAGCAGGAGGAGGAGGAGGAGCAGGAAGGGAUGGAGGCAGGGCGGGCGGUGGGAGCGGCUGCUGCCUGAUCGCUUCCUGCCUGAGCCGGGCGGAUCCCACGAAGGGCUCGGCGGCGCGGCUUCCCUGCCGGCCGCUCCGCGCCAUGGCCGGCACCAGCUCCAUCGACGCCGUCAAGAAGAAGAUCCAGAGCCUGCAGCAGGUGGCCGACGAGGCGGAGGAGCGCGCCGAGCACCUGCAGCGGGAGGCCGAUGCUGAGCGGCAGGCCCGGGAGCGGGCCGAGGCUGAAGUGGCUUCUCUGAACCGCCGUAUCCAGCUGGUGGAGGAGGAGCUGGACCGAGCCCAGGAGCGCCUAGCCACCGCCCUGCAGAAGCUGGAGGAGGCUGAGAAGGCGGCUGAUGAGAGUGAGAGAGGCAUGAAGGUCAUUGAAAACAGGGCCAUGAAGGACGAGGAGAAGAUGGAGCUCCAGGAAAUGCAGCUGAAGGAGGCAAAGCACAUAGCGGAGGAGGCUGACCGCAAAUAUGAGGAGGUUGCCCGCAAGCUGGUUGUCCUUGAGGGAGAGCUGGAGCGCUCAGAGGAGAGGGCAGAGGUGGCAGAGAGCCGAAUGAGACAAUUGGAAGAAGAGCUGCGGACCAUGGAUCAGACUCUCAAAUCCCUCAUUGCCUCAGAGGAAGAGUAUUCCACCAAGGAGGACAAGUACGAGGAGGAAAUCAAGCUUCUAGGAGAAAAACUGAAGGAGCUCACCCUCUCCCCCCUGCACUCCUGCAGGCUGAGACCCGGGCAGAGUUUGCAGAGCGGUCUGUGGCGAAGCUGGAGAAAACCAUCGAUGAUCUAGAAGAGCGCUCCCAGCAGGAGGUCAAGAAAAGCCGCAUUCUCACUAACAAGCUGCGGGUCACCCUUACCGAACUUAGCAACUGAGCUGCCGAGAACUCUCGGCCCCAGCCCAGCCUCCCGCACCCGGGCUGCCACCGGCCCCACUCCCUGCCUCAUUUUGGCCAGGCUGGCUCAGGGCUGGGACCUCCUCCUCACUCCCUGCUGGGGUUAGAUGGUGCGUGGAGCCUUGGCUUAUCCCCCUGGGGGUAACCGCCCUGCUUGGGGGGGACAGGGAGUCCUCUGGAGCUGAUCAGUUUUUCUUGGGAGAGGAACGAGGGUUUUUGCAAUGUCCUGGGAUGCCCACGCAGUGAUGGCUGUCCCCCGACAUCAGUCUGGCCCCGCUGGAGAGGGAUAUGGUGGCUCGUAUCGCUGCCUUACUCCCCUUGUCCCAGGAGUUGGUGGCCAGCCUCUUCCCCCUCACUCUGGUCACCCCAAACUAUGCAGGGGGGAUCCCCUUAGAGCGGGGUCUCUGCAGGGUGCUGGGAGGGCUGGGACAGGAGCUGGGGACCCAGCAGCACCCAUUGCCCCAAACCUGGGGCGGGGGAUGGGGAAGAGCCUGGCCGGGAGCGCUGGGAGAUGGGGCUGGGUGGGCAGAGCUCUCGUCCCAUCCCCAUCUCUAGAGGGAAGGAGGAUGCUGUUUGGAAGUGAGUGCUGGAGGAGGCUGCCUUGGCAGCAGGCUGCCCAGCAGAGCUCAUCCCUGCAGCCUUGUUAGCUCUGCUCCUUCUCUCUCUGCUGUUCUCUCUGCCUGCCUUCCUGGGCUGCUGUCUCACUCUCUUCUUCACAGAGCACCGCUGGGUCAUGCAGCAGGCACUGGCUCUCCUCUUUUCCUGGCCAAGGGUUUGUGUGUGAGCCCACAGCUGGACAGUGGUGAUGCCCCGGGGCAGGAUGUGCUGUGGGCAGAGCAGGGAGACAGGGCCGUGCUGGUGGCUGGCCAGAGAGGGGUACCCAUCAGCAGUAUCCAUGCUGCAGAGGGCCUGGCCAUGGGCAACGGGGUGCCAUGGGAGGAUGGAAAUGCUGAAGAGUGGGGACUGCCUGCCCCGAGCGACUGGCCUGGCCGGCCUGGCUGCCCCGGCAGAUCCUGGAGUGGCUAGACUCAUCCCUGCUGGUGGUGGGGCUGCUUGAAUGGACUCUGCUCUGCAGGGACACCCUGAGCAGCUGGAGGCUCAUGUCAUACUGAAAUGUCUGUCUCUGUGUAUGUGUGUGUGUGUGUGUGUCUGCUUGGUGUGGUGUGCAUGGGUCCGGCUGUGCCUGGGUAUGCUUGGGCUGUGUCCGUGUGUGUGGCUGGCUGUGUGUCCCUUGUGUUCACAGAGAGUCUAGCCAAUGCCAAAGAGGAGAACGUGGGCAUCCACCAGGUCCUGGACCAGACCUUGUUGGAGCUGAACAACCUCUGAGCUGCCCUGGGGAGCCCCUGUCCCUCUUCCCUACCCCACACGUGCACCC